AUGGCGGCGGCGGCGGUCGUGACGGGGGCAGGGGGGGCUCCGGCGGCGGCGGCGGCGGCGGCGGCGGCGGCCGGAGCGGAUGGCGCCUCCUCGGUGCACUGGUUCCGCAAGGGGCUGCGGCUCCACGACAACCCGGCGCUACUGGCGGCCGUGCGCGGGGCGCGCUGCGUGCGCUGCGUUUACAUCCUCGACCCCUGGUUCGCGGCCUCGUCCUCGGUCGGGAUCAACCGAUGGAGGUUCCUACUUCAGUCCCUGGAAGAUUUGGACACGAGUCUAAGGAAACUAAACUCCCGCCUGUUUGUCGUCCGGGGACAGCCAGCUGACGUGUUCCCGAGGCUGUUCAAGGAGUGGGGGGUGACCCGCUUGACCUUUGAGUAUGACUCCGAACCCUUUGGGAAAGAACGGGACGCAGCCAUCAUGAAGAUGGCCAAGGAGGCUGGUGUGGAGGUGGUGACCGAGAACUCGCAUACUCUCUAUGACCUGGACAGGAUCAUUGAGCUGAACGGGCAGAAGCCGCCCCUUACCUACAAGCGCUUCCAGGCCCUCAUCAGCCGCAUGGAGCUGCCCAAGAAGCCUGUGGGCUCUGUGACCAGCCAGCAGAUGGAGAGCUGCAGGGCCGAGAUCCAGGAGAACCACGAUGAAACCUACGGCGUGCCCUCCCUAGAGGAGCUGGGGUUCCCCACAGAAGGCCUUGGCCCGGCUGUUUGGCAAGGAGGAGAGACAGAAGCUCUGGCCCGCCUGGAUAAGCACUUGGAACGGAAAGCCUGGGUUGCCAACUACGAGAGACCCCGAAUGAACGCCAACUCCCUGCUGGCCAGCCCCACAGGCCUCAGCCCCUACCUGCGCUUCGGGUGCCUCUCCUGCCGCCUCUUCUACUACCGCCUGUGGGACCUGUACAAAAAGGUGAAGCGGAACAGCACGCCCCCCCUCUCCCUGUUUGGGCAACUCCUGUGGCGAGAGUUCUUCUACACAGCAGCCACCAACAACCCCAGGUUUGACCGCAUGGAGGGCAACCCCAUCUGCAUCCAGAUCCCCUGGGACCGCAACCCCGAGGCCCUGGCCAAGUGGGCCGAGGGCAAGACAGGCUUCCCUUGGAUUGACGCCAUCAUGACCCAGCUGAGGCAGGAGGGCUGGAUCCACCACCUGGCCCGGCAUGCCGUGGCCUGCUUCCUCACCCGCGGGGACCUCUGGGUCAGCUGGGAGAGCGGGGUCCGGGUGUUCGACGAGCUGCUCCUGGACGCGGAUUUCAGCGUGAACGCAGGCAGCUGGAUGUGGCUGUCCUGCAGCGCCUUUUUCCAGCAGUUCUUCCACUGCUACUGCCCCGUGGGCUUCGGCCGCCGCACGGACCCCAGCGGAGACUACGUCAGGCGAUACCUACCAAAAUUGAAAGGGUUUCCCUCUCGAUACAUCUAUGAGCCCUGGAAUGCGCCAGAGUCCGUCCAGAAGGCAGCCAAGUGCAUCAUUGGUGUGGACUACCCACGGCCCAUCGUCAACCAUGCUGAGACCAGCCGGCUCAACAUCGAGCGGAUGAAGCAGAUUUACCAGCAGUUCUCUCGCUACCGGGGACUCUGUCUGCUGGCCUCUGUCCCUUCCUGUGUGGAAGACCUCAGCAACCCAGUGGCAGAGCCCAGCUCCAGCCAGGCGGGGAGCAUGAGCAGCGCGGGCCCAAGACCCCCACCCAGUGGCCCAGCUUCCCCCAAACGCAAGCUGGAAGCAGCGGAGGAGCCACCUGGCGAGGAGCUCGGCAAACGGGCCAGGGUGGCAGAGCCGCCCGCCCCGGAGCUGCCGGGCAGGGAUGUCUGAGGCAGGCCAGCAGAGGGCAGCACUCACCUUCUGAAGACAGGCAGAGGGCCGUACAGCGGCUCACGCAGCCCAGCCCCACCAAGGACCAGAGGACCCUGGCUCCCCAUCAUCUGUGCCUCUUCCAGCCACUCCUCCAUGCUCCCCUUUCUUGCGGCUUCAGCUCUGCACUUCUUGUCUGUGCUCAUCUUUCCUGGAAGCCCCCUUGAAUGUCAUUAAAAAAAAAAACCUAGCUCCCCCUUCCCCAAAGCAGGAAGGGCUUUUCAUGCCUUUUUUGGGAAAAUGUAAAUUACUGUCCUCUUUGAAUCAUCGCAGGCUGUUCUUUAUGUGCCAUAGCUACAUCAUUAGACUGGAGGGUGAUUUUCUCCAUGGAGCUGACUGAUUCUUUCUUCCAAGCCCCUCUACUUCCAGGCCAGGCGGAACCAUCUGGUUUGAGUGUCUAGGCUUGAAUGCUGGGAGAGACGGGACUGUUUGAUGCUGCGCCCAGUACCCUACUAGGCUCUUUGUCGCAGACGUUGCUGAUGGACAGAUUGGUGCUGUCUUGUUCUAGGAGCCCAGCAACCUUAGAUACUGCUUUCUUAGUUAUCCCUGAGCUCUGUGAUAAUAGGCAAAGCUCAUUCUGACUUACAAAUCUGGAACUUGCCCUGCUGAUACUCUGAAUUUCAGGUGAAAAGACCAAAGAGCAGAAAAGUUAAAUGUCUGGGUUGGGGUUGCUCAGGAAGCUAAUGGCAUGCAAUUCAUCAUGACAUUGUUGCCAGCAGGUGUGUGAGGAAAGGGAGCAUGGGACGUAUAAAAUGUCAUAUGGUGCCCAUCUGCAAGGCGUUAACAGUCUGCUUAGAAAAAGAAGAUGAAUAACCUAUAAUUCCUAGACAAGUGAUACAGACCCUCCAAGCUUAUCACAGAUAGCUAUUGGUGGGCUGCGGUGACCAGGGACUACAACCCAGACGUUUGCACUGUGGGGCCUGAAAGAUUCAUUGGAUUUAGGCAGCAAGAAGGGCAUUUCCGACAAGAAAAACAGCUUAACGAUUUAAGUGAUCUUGUCAAAUUACUUAACCACUCUGAGACUCUGUUUCCUCCUAUAAAUUAGGUUGUUGUUGCAAAGAUUAAAUGAUUAAAUAUUUGCUAGUUAGGAAUGUGUGGGGCUGCUGGGCGUAGAAAAUCUGACUACUGUGGCUAAAACAAACAGGGAUUUAUUUUUCUUACCUAAUGAGGCCCAGAGCUGGGAGUUGCUUGUUUUGGUUUGGUUGCUCAACAAUGUCACAGCCUGUUUAUCUCAGAUUCUCUUGCUUCAUUGUCUCAAAGUGGCUGCCAUAGCUUCAGGCAUCAAUUCAUCACUCACAGUAGGAAAGAGAAGGAAUAGCAGAGACAGCUGUCCCCAUUCACUCAAUAAGCAUAUCAAGUGUUCACAAUUUGCCAGACACUGUUAGGCAUUGGGAUAUGGUUGUGAGCAAGACGGACAGUCCCUUCCCUCUGGGGUGCAUCUUUGUGGGAAGUGACAGACAAUAAACAAAUAAAUGGAUAUGUAAUAUGUCAAGAGGCCCUAAGUGGCUUGAAGAAAAAAUAAAGUUGGGUAAGAAGAUAGAAAGUAAAAGUUAGCACACGGUGGAGGUUGCGAUUUAUAUUAUAAGAGUUUUCCAGGGGGUGCGCCUCUCUUCCUUUUUAGCAAAAAAGUAAAAGCUUUCCCAGAACAUCCCUCCCCCACCUUUUCAUAUUGGUCUCAUGAGGCAGAACUGGGUCAGUCACAAAGCCACUCCCAAGGUGGGAAGUAGGGAUCUGGAUUGUCAGGAUUGGUUUAGACCAGUGGCUUGACAACUUGAAUGAACAACAGAAGUCUCUAGAGGAUUUGUUAAGCCACAGACUGCUGGGCCACACCCUCAGAGUUUCUGAUUCAGUAGGUCUGAGGUGGGACCUGAGAGUUUGCAUUUCUAACAAGUUCCCAGCAGUUGAUGCUGCUGCUAUUCCGGGACUGUACUUUGAGAAUCAUGGUUAGACCAGUCGUGACCCAUUGUCUGGGCCAGGCCCAUGGCCACCUGAAUAAAAUCUAGGUUCUCUUAGCUAGGAAGUGUGGAUACUGGUAGACAGCUAACAGUGUCUGCGUCGUACACAAGGCACUUAGCCCAGUGCCUGGCUCAUUUCAAAAAUACCCAGUAAAUGGUAACUAUUAUUAUUAUUACACAUAUUAUCAUUAUUUAUUUUAGAAGAAUAUAAGGUUACAGUUGGGUCUGAUCAUGGAGGGUCUUAAAUGUCAGGCAGAUGAGUCCUUGGUGUGCUCCCUGGGAGCUAGGGAGCAUUUUGGAACAGGAGAGUGGAGUGAUCACACUGGCAUUUUUGGAAGAUUAACCAGGCAUCGGGCUGAGACCUGCAGAGAAAUGGUUGGGAGGAGAGAGCCAGCCGAGAGGCUGUAGCAGUGAUGCUAAGUGGACAUGACGAGGGUGCAGAGGUCAUCGCCUUUCUCUUGCCUUGUAGUCCAGGGGAUUGUCUGUUAACUUAUUGGGAUCUUAAGGACUGAUUCUCAAGGUUUACUGUGCCCUUAAUCAUAGCUAAUUGGGCGGUUAGGCCAUGCUAACUGCGUGGUUGGAAGUGGGGGCCAGGAGGUCAGAGGACUUGGGCAGGUGCAGCCUUCCCUCCGAGACAGACUGGGGAAGAACGCCCGUGUUCUUUGGAAACCCUGAGAGAAGAGUAUCCAUGCGUUUCACUGUGUGCUGGUGGUAGGGCCUGGGCCUGAAGAUGUUCAGCGUCCUCAUCUGCGGAACAGUGAGAAUAGUAUCUUGUCAGCCACCCUACCCAUCGAGCAUCCAUGUUAGGGAAGGGAAAUGAAACACCCUAUGUGAGAAGCCUUUGAAUAAGUCAAACACAUCACACAGAUGAAAUCACGUUGCAUCUUGCACAGGCUUCUCAGGGAGUCUUUGUGUUAUCGUUACUUCAGUCAGAGCCAGCACCCUGGGCUGAGUGGACCACAGAGCUGGGUCCACGUGGCCUACGUGGAUAUAGUAUUGUGUGAGAGGCAGGAGGCCGCCUCGCCUCUGUCAGUUUUAGUUGUCUGACUUGGGACCUGAUACCUAACCUUUCUGGGAUGCUUUAGCUGUAAGGUGAGAAUAAUCAUUCUUUACCAGCCUGAAUGCCCCAUCCUGGACCUUUUGUGGGCCCGUUUAGCUCUGAGCCCUGUGGUUUUGUGAUUGUUAUUUCAAAUGCCCCAGGCUGUGGCAGCUCACAGGGCAGACUGAUUUACAGUUUAAACUGACCUUGUGGGAAAACACGCCCUGACAUCAGUAGAUUCCGUGUUUACCUCAGACCCACACCAGUGUCUGUUCCGCAUUUGGUUUUAUUGUACAAUGUUCACUAACCUGAAAAACAAGCCAGCCCCAAAUAGCUCGUGUUCCAGCUGCUUCCCCGUAAUCCCCAAAGCUGCUGACCGCUCAGGAUUCCGUUAGCUCCGAAUUGUGCAGAUUUUCCUCAUUGGUCCACUUAUUUCA